AUGGUAGAUCAUUUUAGAUUGAGCCACGCUUGCUCAUCAGCGGCACCGGUGGACAAGGAUCAUACCUAUCCUAAUCAUCGCUUGCGCUCGAUAAAUGACAUGGCGAUCAUCGCCAAGGUCCCGUUGUACGGCCAAUACUGGCAUAUCAAGUUCAAGAUAGUGUACUUUUCCGAGCUGUACAAUUGA